AUGCCUUAUCAUCUACUGCCGAGGAUGUGCCCGAAGAACCUCGCAGGCGAAUCAAGCUCCUCUUCUGCAGCUCGAGCAGCUUUAACCCGUUUUCUGCUUCAGAAAAAAUUUCAAGAUUUGCAGAGAGCUGAUGGUGACGCUCGACCCUCGAUGCUGCGCUGUGCUGUGUCCACUGUCCCACCGAUCUGCAAGAACAGUGUAUCGUGCACACAUCCUUCACGUCUUCGUCGCAGCACCAACAAACAAUGGGACCGCGGUCCCAUUUCAGAUCGUGAGUCGACUCACCUGGUUUCUGCCACCGUCAUCGAAUUUGCGUCGUAGGCUUACGAACCAGCAGGGAUGCCACGCCAGCUACCAGCUGACGUAGCCAUUCCAGCAUUAUUGGAGCUUCGACGACGACCUCGUUGUGGCUACUCUCUUCUCUGCUGUCCUUCUAUCCGUCGUUCCCGGGGUUCGGGAAACGAUGUGCGCCAACAAGACGUGCUCGCUAUGCGCCUCCGAGUAAAAUAUUGCAUGCCGUAGACUCCCAAUUAUUCGAAACGGUAGAAUCAAAUCACGCACACACUAAAGGUCAUAUUCCCUCCCUGGCUCGUGAGGGCACCGACCCACCGGCCGCUGCUCGUGUCCGAACAAUCCAAACUUCCGUUCUGUGACUUAGUUGUGACAAGUGGCACAGCUCAGUCAUUUUAUUAACUGUCGUCGUGAAGGGCGAGCCCACAGUAGUUGACGUGAAGUUGGGUGAUGUUGAAACCAUAAGUGACAUAAUCUAAAAGUUGUUCAGAAAUAAAUUAAUAGUAUACAUAGCGAUGCAAAACAUCAUAACAUUACAGAUGCUUGCUACAGUUACAGAAGUUCCAAUGAACCAUAUAGCUGGAGAUGGGUAUUACUCCUUACCGCUAAUAAUAUGGCAGGUUGACAAUAUGAAGUUCAGAUUCUAAUUGGCAUCCGUCUCUAGCGGUGGAUCUCAAUAAUCAUCACAUUGCAAAUAAUGUGUUAAUUGACACGUGUAAU